AUGAUACGGCGAGUCUUCUUACAAGCCUUGCCGCAGUGGCUUCGGGAGGCACUCGCCUUGCAGGAAGACCUCCCUCUACCUAAACUGACUGAGGUUGCACAAAGAUGCUGGAGCAUCAGGAUGAGCUCUAGAGCUCGGGAUAAUUCCAGUAAAUCUGAUAUGGGGAGGAAUAAACAGGAGAAAUAUUGUGAUUUUCAUCAGUCAACAUCUCAUGAUCAUCGUGACUGUAGAAUGAGGAUGGGCCGUCCUCGAGAUACUCCCGUGGAUGUUACCUGUUUUAAGUGCCAGCAACCUGGUCAUUAUGUACGUGAUUGCCCCUUUUCCACGGCCCGCCGGGAGCCACAGUUCAGAAAUCACGCUUUUAAAGACACUGUGAGACGAAAGGUAAAUCUAAAAUCUGCAGUGCCUUCUUUUCGGGCCAUGCGUGGGGCAACUGGGCACUCCUUUAGAUCUAUUGAGAAAGCUAAUGUUUUCUUUGAUAUUGGUAAGGGAGUAAAGAGUACUCAUGUUGCGGAAGUGGUUGGGGAAAAUAUCUCAUUUCCAGGGGAUGUUCUACUCGGGGUAGACUUCUUGAGGAGAUUUAAUUUUAAGUUAACAGCAUAUCACUCGCCUUAUAGAAAUUAUGUGACGUUUAAUGGCGUCAAGCUAGAUGUCCAGUAUAGUGAUAGUCCUUCGGUUGGAGUACAGGCGUUUGUCGGAGCAGUACAGACCUUUCGGCCCAGGGCAUGUACAGUCAUUUUAGCCUUAGUCGUCCAUACUAUAGUGUGCCCUCCAAAUUCUGGAAGAUAUGUGGAAUGCUUAGUUGCUAGACCAUUUUCGGACACGCAAGCAGCAGUUUCGGGUUGUACAGCCCAGGUCCUUGUUCCCUAUGGUGUUUCAGAUGUUGAAGACAGCAGGGUAAAUAUAUGGGUGGUUAACGACAGAUCGCAUCCUGUUAUAAUUCAGCAAGGUGUGUGUCUUGCACAUCUGGAUUAUAUCGGCGAGGUCCUGGCCCCCACUGACACUGCUGCUCAGAAUAAAGGGCCUUCUACUGUAGAUAAUGAGUCUGAUCCUCAUGUUGCAGUUAUCAUGACUCCGGGCUUACCAAUUGAGGAGGAAAUUGAGACGGAUGAAUUUGAUGAAAUGUAUGGUAUUACAGAUUUCGGAUACAGCAAUGAUGAGCUUAUGACACCCCUUGGAUAUCUUCCUGAUAUUAAGCAUGGCAUCAGGACUAAAGACACCCAGCCCAUCAGGACACGCCAGUGGCGUUUACCAGAGAGCGCCCGCACCACAAUAUGUAAGGAAUGUGACCAAAUGCUAAAAGAUGGCAUUAUUGAACCCUCUAAUUCACCGUGGCUUUCACCAGUAGUAUUGGUUAAAAAGAAGGAUGGAGGAAUUCGUUUUUGCGUUGACUACCGUAACCUUAACAAAAUUACAAUAGUAGAUACUUACCCAAUGCCACGAUUAGAUCAAUCCCUUGACGAUCUUUCAGGUAAACUAUGGUUCACGGCCUUGGACGCACGUUCGGCAUACUGA